AGCGGAGCAUAGCAUACGGAGCGCGUUUAUGAUGGGUUGUGAAAGUGGAAAGUACCGUAUGGAAAUCCCCCACUGGCUUUUAUGUCUAACAAUCGGGCCGCUUCGACUAGAUGAAAGGUUUGUUUCUAACACGCGGACUGACAUACGCUGGAUCCGUGAACGCGCAAUGGACGAGCACGAUUAAAGUGGACCGAACGAGCAUCUUAUGGGCUUUGUUGGCGGAUACCGACAUAUUGAACAGAGCUAGAUUGGUUCUCCACUCCAGAACGCCAUGUCUCAGGGCCAGAACUUCCUGCCCAAGUUCCUGUUCGUGAGUAACCUCCUGAAGGCGGUAAAAAUCCGAGAGCGGGUUCCCAACGAUGUGGUCAAGCCCUCCUCCAGCAGCGGCCUGCUCCAUCACCUCCGUAGCAUGCACCGCUACACCCUGGAGAUGAUCCGUAUGAGCCAGUUCCCGCAGGCCUUCCGCGAGGUCAUCCAGGCGGCCAUCUUGGACCGGGCCAUGCAGGGCUCGCUGGAACAGGAGAAGCGCUUGAACUGGUGCCGUGAGGUCAAGAAGCUGGUGCCUUUAAGAACGAACGGUGAUGGGAAUUGUCUGCUUCAUGCAGCCUCACAGUAUCUGCUGGGAGUUCAGGACACAGACCUGGUCCUGCGAAAGGCUCUUUACGCGGUGCUGAAAGAAACUGACACUAGUAACUUCAGAAUGAGAUUUCAGACUGAGCUGCUUCACUCUCAAGAGUUCACCCAGACUGGCCUUCGAUACAGCACUUUGAACUGGGAGGAGGAAUGGGUAAAGAUUGUUGAAAUGGCUUCUCCUGUGUCCAGCAGUAACGGCCUACAGUUUGACUCUUUAGAGGACAUUCACAUCUUUGUUCUCUCGAAUAUUCUACGGAGGCCAAUUAUUGUUAUCGCAGACCAAGUACUUAGGAGUAUGAAGUCUGGUUCCUCUUUUUCACCGCUCAAUGUUGGAGGUAUAUAUCUGCCUUUACACUGGCCUCCAGGAGAGUGCUACAAAUAUCCCGUAGUGCUCGGCUACGACUCGCAGCACUUUGCACCCUUGAUCACCAUCAAAGACAGCGGCCCAGAAAUCCGUGCGGUGCCGUUGAUAAACCCUGGCAGAGGAGGGUUUGAAGAACUUCGAGUGCACUUCCUCACAGAAAAAGAGCAACAACAGAAGGACAAGUUGCUAAAGGACUAUCUAAUGCUUAUAGAGAUCCCUGUUAUUGGGCUGGGCUACGAUCCCACCCAGAUCAUCACUGCAGCCAGAUUAGAUGAAGGCAAUCUGCCUGAGGACAUGAACCUGAUGGAAGACUACCUACAGCUGGUCAACCACGAGUACAAGCGCUGGCAAGAGGAUAAGGAUUCUUUAUGGGCACCCCAAUCCCAGCGUCCCCCUCCCUUCUCCGUGUCCCAGCUGUCUCUCAUUGAGAUUCGUUGUGCCACGCCCCGCUGUACCUUCUACGUGUCGGUGGACACUCAGCCACACUGUCACGAGUGCUUCGAAAAGCGCCAGGCCGGCAGGAAGCCAGAGGCCGUCUCCGCCUCGAAUCAGACCUCAUCCUCGGACCAGGAGAACAGGGGACGGCUGGAGCGCUCCGUGCUGCCCAGUCCCCGUUCUGCACCCCCCACGGCCCCCAGCCUAAGCCUUUACAGCGAGACUCACGCCAUGAAGUGCAAGACGCCUGGUUGCUUGUUUACGCUCAGCGUAGAGCACGACGGCCUGUGCGAACGGUGCUUUAACGCGAGACAAAACAGACCGGCAGCCAACGGGCCAUCGCAAGGCCCCUCUCACGGCUGGUGUCACGGACAGUGGGCGUCAGGUGGCCGUGAACGAGAGAAGGAAAGGGAAGGAGAGCGAGAGAGCGACACGGAGAGGUGUGUCAUGUGUCGACAGGAAGUCUUUAGGAUAUUUAAUGGUCUCUGCCCAUCCUGCAUGCAGAGGACUGCCACUUCUGAGAGGGGUGACACCCAGCAGCAGGAGUCAAGAACGGAGGGCUCGGUGUGGGCACUGCAUAGGGAGGCAGAACGUACCGGCACCACCAACCACACCUGGCGGACACCUGCCGCCCGGCAAUGUAAACGCUCUGGCUGCCAGUUCUUUGGGACGGCAGAGAAGCUGGGAUUCUGCACUAUAUGUUAUCUAGACUACCAGACCAAUCAUCAAGCCACCCCCGCUAUUGUCCAGCCCAGGCACACAUCUGAGGCAGGUUUCCAGAACUGUCCGCGGUGCCGGGGUCAAGGCUGUGGCGCCGAGGGAAAGGCCAUGCUAGAGGGUUAUUGCAACAAGUGCUUUGUGAAGGAGCAGAGCGCUAGACUCAACCAAGCCGCUAGCAGGGGUUCUCAUUCGCCACCUCUCGUCACACGGGCCUCGAAACCCCGGCCGCCCCCGGUGCUGAACCAGGCGCAGUGUCGGCGUAGCGGUUGCAAGAACCUCUCUCCAGGCUGCACUGACCUCUGCCCCGACUGUCUCAGCCGUGGCCAGCGAGAGGGUCGACGUGCCCAGGCACCCAAAGAGAAGAGCAAACAGCGCUGCAAGACGCAGGGCUGCGACCACUACGCCAAUCAAGAGAAGCAAGGCUACUGCAAUGAAUGUGACCACUUUAAACAGGUUUACCGAGGGUGACCGUUGCGAAACGGACAGUCGGUCGCACGCUAGCCGGCAUACCGAUGAACGCUCUUGCAAGGAACAUUUUCGUCCAGAAUUCCCCACCUGUCCCGGUGGUGACCUCUCAAGAAACACUUUACGGUCAUUUGUAUCAUGUGUACAGGACAAAUGUGGGACGUUAGUAUAAAGAAACUAAAAACGUGCAGUGGCACAUCGGGUCACACCUAUGGCAUCUGUUGUUUGUGUUGAACAGGGUAAUAAAUUGCAAACAAUUGCAACGAAAAAGCGAGGAAAACGUACUAUAAUAAUUAAUGCCUUCAGAUAUAAGUGAUUUAGACCACCAAGAGAAUUGACCAAAGUUCAUUUACUGAAAGAACGAUCCGUCCGAUAAAAAUCGCCACUGUGGACUGCAGUAUGCCGACAGGCCUUUUGGAAGUACAGGAAUAAAGACGAACAGGGUACGCGGAGGCCACCGAAGGACAGCGUUUGAUAGUUUAUUCAUACAAUGUAGGUUAAGUGCCAAUGAGAGCUCGCCAAGCAGAGCUCGGAUUUCAUUUACUGCUGCGCCAUUUGAUGUUUGCGAGCAGUACAGAUUUGUUGCCUUUCAGAAUGUUUUUGUUUAGCAUUGAUCACUUUCAUGAGUCCUUCUUUCUCUCGAAACUAUUUUUCACUUUUGCUUGCCUUCAUAUGACUUGGUCCGUUCUAUUGAACGGAUACAUGUUUAUCCUGUGGCCGAAAAAUUCCUUAAGUGCAAUGAAAACCGAGUUACUUGACACCUUCCCAACCUCUCGCGCCGAUCGAAUUAAGCUGAAGGGCAUCGCUGUGUCGACUGAAGUAGCUCUGACGAGUAGGAGAUGACUAAAGUCCCCAUCUGAAUGAAUAACCAAACAGAAAUUUAAUAGGAACACACCCAAUGUUAAAACUUCCCUGUUUGCUGUUCUUGACCAGCCACAUUUUUUGGUUGCACUACUCUCCUGUGAAACACACAACAACGCCUCAGUCUAUUCUUUGCAUACAUUUAGUAUGCACAAACUGACAUUCUCUAUUUGAAUAUUGCUGCAGUAUCCGCACAGAUGUUAAAAAUACUUCUUGUUAGCUCCUGUGGCAUAUGGUUUAUAAAGAACUGUCUGUGUUACACAUUCCCAUAUUUGAAGUCCAAUAUCGUGCAAGUGCAUUUAGCUUUGUCUGCUUGAGAAAUAGAUUCACGUGGGCCCAUACACAGAUGUGCUUCAAAAAAUUGCAAUCGUCUCAUAAAAUACAAGAGAUUUUGCUCUUUGGCUACUGGAUCUGUCGAGUCAGAUCGUCACAAAAUUGCACAAUACUUCAUAUAAGCUGCUCCGGAAUUAGGAAAGGUACUUCUGACUUACAGUACAUAGUGUGACAUUCCAGUUAUAGACAAUAGAGGAAUUAUAGGUGACGGUAGACAUUUUGUGCAACCUUUCAAAUAGAGUUAUUGUAUGAAAAGCCUUGUUUUUUUUGUUUUGUUUGGUAUUUAUUCACAGCAAAUAUUAUCUGUAAUGUGUUUCAAGAAUUAUUUAUAUGUCGUCCAGAAAUAAAUUAUUUUUAAUAGAAAAUGUGAACCAGC